AAAUUCAAGCACAGCCUCUGCAAGAUUCAAUCGCUCUAUCGAGGUUUUGUUGCAAGAAAGAAGGUCAAGCACCUCAAGCAAGAGUUCGACAUGGGUUACACUUGGCCGCACAUGAAGGCUGCUCUCAGAAUCCAAGGACGAUUCCGCGGGAUCAAAGUGUGUUGA